AUGCCCCUCGAGGUCUUAUUCUUCGGCGCAGGCGCCAUCGGGGCAUUCUAUGCGUCCCGAGUGGCUCGCAAUGCCAACACCAACGUCUCGGUCGUCUGUCGCUCGAACUACUCAGCCGUCAAGGCCAAUGGCUUCCAAAUAACGUCCUCGCAGUAUGGGGACUAUACGUGGACGCCAACCCGAACAUUCAAUUCUCCCGAGUCAGCCCGCAAAAGCGGUGUCAAGUGGGACUUCGUUGUGGUCAGCACCAAGGCCCUGCCCAACGUCUCGGACGAUUCAAAACUCCUCGAGGGGCUGGUCAGCCCUGGCGCGGCUGUGGUGUUGAUCCAGAACGGCCUGGGCGUGGAGCAGCCCUACACCGAACGAUUCACUCGAUCGACCAUCCUAAGUGCCGUGACGAUUGCGUCCUGUGCACAGCCCUCAAAUGGCCACAUCAAACACAACCGUUGGACACGGAUAAACGUGGGGCCGUACUUCUCAGAAUCGAGUCCGUCCGCUGAAGUCAAGGCCACCGCGACGGCGCAGAACCAGACCUUUGUCGACCUGCUCCUGAAGGGGGGUGUCAAGGACGCCAUCGCCGAUACGCACGAGAAACUGCAGCUCGUCCGCUGGCACAAGAUCGCCAUCAACGCGUCCAUGAACCCCUCGGCGGUGCUGUCGGGCGGGUCGACCAACGAAGCCAUGUCCAACGAUCCGGAGCUGUCGCGGCACCUGAAGGGCGUGAUGGACGAGGUGCUGACCACGGCGCCCAAGGUCGUCGGCAAGCCGCUCCCCGCGAGCUUCGCCACCGCCGAGCAGAUCCUCCGGUCGACGCGGAGGAACACCAGCGGCAGCAAGCCGAGCAUGCUCCUCGACUGGGAAGGCGGCAAGCUCAUGGAGCUGGAGGUCAUCCUGGGAAAUCCCAUCCGGCUCGCGCGCGAGAAGGGCUACGAGAUGCCCCGCAUGCAGAGUCUGUAUGCGCUGUUGAAGAUGGCCGAGAAGAACCGCGAGGCUCAGAAGCAGAGUGCCAAAGCAGGGAGCAAGCUCUGA